UAUCACAAGAGACCAUUUUUUUGAAAUUUCCCCAUUAAAUUGAAACUUUUUAGUUCAUUUAUUUGCCUUUCUUCAAUUGGAAAAAAUACAAAAACAAGUAUUAAUCUUUAUAGAUGAUCUUUGUAUUGAAGUCGGCAGAGUAUAAUCGCAACACAUAUAAUCUUUGAGGUUUUGGAUAACGACUUUCUCCAAACUAGCUAUUUCCACCAAUUUCCUGAAUCCCAAAAUUACCCAUGCAAAAUCUCUCAAUUUUCCCACAAGCUUGUCAUUGAAAUGCUUACUGCACAAAAAAGUGCAGUUUUGAUGGACACAUUGCCAGACCAAUUGAUAUGGGACAUUUUAAGCAGGAUUACUAGACCUGCGGAUAGGAACUCUGUGUCUUUAGCUUGCAAGCGUUUCCAUGAGAUUGAGAAUGAGCAGAGACUGUUUCUCCGUGUGGGUUGUGGUCUAAACCCAGCAAAUGAAGCUUUGAACACUUUAUGCAACAGGUUUCCAAACUUGAUGAAAGUGGAAGUUGUGUACUCUGGAUGGAUGUCUAAAUUGGGAAAACAAUUGGAUGAUCAAGGGCUUCUGGCUCUUUCAAACAGUUGCCCUUCUCUUGCUGAUCUGACCUUAAGUUACUGCACCUUCAUUACAGAUGCUGGUAUUGGUUAUUUAGCGGCGUGUUCAAAACUCUCAUCCUUAAAAUUGAAUUUCACUCCUAGAAUUACUGGUUGUGGAAUUCUUUCCGUCGUUGUUGGGUGUAAGAACCUGAGUGUUCUGCACCUAAUCCUAUGCUUGAACAUAAGUAGUGCUGAGUGGCUUGAGUAUCUGGGGAAGGUUCAAAAAAUUGAAUACCUUUUAAUCAAGAAUUGUCGAGCUAUUGGAGAAGGUGACUUGGUGAAGCUCGGAUUUAGUUGGCGGAAUCUUAAACAUUUGCAGUUCGAAGUGGACGCCAAUUACCGGUAUAUGAAGCUAUACGACCGCAUAGCAGUAGACAGAUGGCAAAAGCAAUUGGUUCCAUGUGAAAACAUGUAUGAAUUAAGUUUAGUUAACUGCAUCAUCAGGCCUGGAAGAGGUCUUGCUUGUGUUUUAGACAAGUGCAAGAACUUGGAGAAGAUUCACUUGGACAUGUGUGUUGGGCUCAGAGACAAUGACAUUGUGGGCUUAGCCCAAAGCUCAAGAGGUCUACGGUCCAUAUCUCUCCGAGUGCCGUCAGAUUUCUCCGUGCCCCUUCUGAUCAGCAAUCGAUUAAUAUUAACAGACGAGAGCUUGAAGGCAUUGGCAGAAAACUGCCCGAAGCUGGAGUCAAUCAGAAUAUCAUACUCAGAUGGGGAGUUCCCUUCACUUUCUUCAUUUACCUUAGAUGGAAUUCUUUGUUUAAUUAGAAGUUGUCCAGUUCGUGAGCUUUCAUUGGACCAUGUGUAUUCAUUCAAUGAUGAUGGAAUGGAGGCUUUAUGUUCAGCUUACUGCCUUGAAACCCUAGAACUUGUAAGAUGUCAGGAGAUAACAGAUGAUGGUCUACAACUUGUAGCUCAGUUUUCGCAGUUGUCUGUUCUGCGGCUCAGCAAGUGCUUGGGAGUUACUGAUGAUGGAUUUAAGCCACUAGUGGGAUCAGAUAAAUUGGACAUGUUGGUUGUGGAAGACUGCCCUCAGAUUUCUGAGAGAGGCAUUCAUGGGGCAGCACGAGCCGUGACAUUUAAGCAAGAUUUGUCUUGGAUGUACUGAUCUUGGUGUUGUGUACACCUCUAGUCAUGUGUCUUGGCUGUGGCAGAGGGAAGUUAUGUAUUCCUUGUAGACUAUGUAACUUCAAGUAUUUUUGUUUUGUUUUACAGUUACAUGUGAAGCGAAAAUGUCAAAAUAAAAGGGGAAAGAACUUUAGUUUGUUAAUGCUUUUGAUAUGGAUUUAUUUGUGCCACUGCAAUGUAGAAUGUUUGUUCUUUAGUGUGUAGUUAGAGAAGUAAAGCGUAUAUUUGUCUUUGUGCCAA